UAUUCAACUUCAAAAUCAUUAUCCUUAAAAAAAAAAAACCUUCAAAAUCAUUAAAAUAUAGUAUCAAUUAUCAAAUUUUCAUCAUAUUAGGGUUAUUCUCAAUUUUUAAUAUCAACCAAAAUCAUUUUCAUCACAGUAUCAAAUUUAUUAGUAUUUAUUUAUUUUAUUAAAAAAAAAACUUCUUCCCGAAAGUCUCACCCGGCACUUGCCCUUCCGUCUAAAUUACUGUUUUUUAAUCCAAUGUCGGGUGGUUUCUCCGGAAAUCUUAGCUCCAAUCGACGGAACGGCGUCCGAGUCGUCGUUGCCGGUGAUCGCGGAACCGGAAAAUCGAGCUUGAUCGUUGCGGCCGCUACCGAAUCAUUCUCAGAUAACGUGCCUUCUGUACUUUCCCCAACACGCCUUCCAGCCGAUUUCUUCCCCGAUUUUGUCCCCCUCACUAUCAUCGACACCUCUUCCAGUUUGGAGAGUAGAACUAAACGCAAUGAAGAGUUGAAGCGAGCUGAUGCUGUGGUCUUAACAUAUGCAUGUGAUCAACCAAUGACUCUUACUCGUCUUCGUACUUACUGGCUUCCUGAACUUCGCCAAUUAGAGGUUAAGGUACCGGUUAUUGUAGUAGGUUGCAAGUUGGAUUUGCGAGAUGAGCGCGAGCCCAUAAGCAUAGAGCAGCUCAUGUCACCAAUCAUGCAAGAAUUCAGGGAAAUUGAAACUUGUAUAGAAUGCUCUGCAGCUACUUUGAUUCAGGUCCCUGAAGUUUUCUAUUAUGCUCAAAGAGCAGUGCUUCAUCCAACAACCCCCUUGUUCGAUCAAGAAAGACAAACUUUGCAGCCUCGUUGCAUUAGUGCAUUGAGAAGGAUAUUUAUCCUGUGUGAUCAUGACAUGGAUGGUGCUCUCAGUGAUGCAGAGCUGAAUGAAUUUCAGAUUAAAUGUUUUAACGCCCCAUUACAGCCUGCUGAGAUUGUGGGUGUUAAAAGGGUUGUUCAAGAGAAACAACCAGGUGGAGUCAACCAACUUGGUCUUACUCUUACUGGUUUCCUUUUUCUUCAUGCUCUUUUUAUAGAAAAAGGGCGUCUUGAGACAACUUGGGCUGUCCUAAGGAAGUUUGGAUACGAUGAUGAUUUAAAACUCAGAGAUGAUAUUCUUCCUGUUCCUUCUAAACGUGCUCCUGAUCAGACCAUGGAGCUAACAAGUGAAGCUGUGGAGUUUCUGAAGGGAAUCUUCCGAUUAUUUGAUACUGAUAAUGAUGGAGCUCUAAAACCUUCUGAACUAGAUGAGUUAUUUUGUACUGCUCCAGACAGGCCUUGGAAUGAGGCUCCUUAUGAGGAUGCUGCAGAGAGAACGGAUCUGGGUAAUUUAUCUCUUAAUGGGUUUCUUUCUGAGUGGGCCUUUAUGACACUACUAGAUCCAGUGCGCAGUUUGGCUAAUCUGAUGUACAUCGGAUACAGUGGCGAUCCAGCUUCUGUGCUCCAUGUUAAUAGAAGAAGAGUAAAAGAUCGGAAAAUGCAAAGCACAGAAAGAAAUGUUUUCCAAUGCUUUGUUUUUGGUCCUAAAAAUGCUGGCAAGUCUACUAUUUUGAAUUCAUUAUUGGAAAGGCCUUUCUCAAAGAGUCAUAUUACUGCACCUACCAGUGAGCGUUUUGCAGUAAAUGUUAUAAACCGAGUUGGGGGAAAUAGGACACUCAUAUUAAGGGAGAUACCAGAAGAUGGAGUUAAAAAAUUUCUGUCAAACAAGGAAUUUCUUGCACCUUGUGAUGUGGCUGUCUUUGUCUAUGACAGUUCAGAUGAAUAUUCAUCAAAAAAAUCGCAAGAACUUCUUGUGGAGGUUGCUAGGCAAGGAGAAGAAAGUGGCUAUGGGGUGCCAUGCCUCCUUAUUGCUGCUAAAGAUGACCUGGAUCCGUAUCGAAUGGCAAUUCAAGAUUCAAUGAAGAUAUGUCGAGAAUUGGGAAUAGAGGCACCUAUUUCUGUGAGCGUGAAGUCAGGAUUUUUGAAUAACGUAUUCACUAGAAUUGUAGAUGUAGCUGAGAAACCUCACUUAAACAUUCCUGAAACUGAAACUGGGAGGAACCGCAAGCACCACCAACAGCUUAUUAGCCGUUCUCUGAUGUGUAUGUCGGUUGGUGCUGCUGCUGCUGUUUUUGGACUUGCAAUUUAUCGUGUAUAUGCAGCAAGGAGAAAUACUUCGAGUUAGGAUUAGAAGUUGGUCCCUAGCAGCUGCUACAACUAUAAACGAAUAGUUGGUUUGUCUUUCGAGUAACCUUUUUAGAAAAUACAUUUAUUUAUAUAUAUAUAUAUAUAUUUAAAGUGCAAUUAUCUCAUUGAGCAAUUUUGAAACGUGAUAUCCACGUUUAAUUCUCACAACCUGGUUUUUUUAGUAUGAUUUCCCUGCAAUCUGAAAAUUCUUAUUCAA